ACUCAUCUUUUGCUAGCUAGUCGACUCCUAUACAUCCAUCCAUAGAUAUACAUAUAUACAAUUAUAUAUACGUACACUUUGUUUUCAUCAAGGAAAAAGAGAAAUUACCUGUCCCGAUUACAAAUCGUGGGGAUGAAGACGAUCACAGGGAGAGUGGUAUUGAUGAAAAAAAAUCAGUUGGAUAUCAAUGACUUGAGUGCCUCGGUUUUAGAUCGAGUUCAUGAGCUUUUGGGCAAAAAUGUUACCAUACAACUUAUUAGUGCACAUCAUCGUUCCGCUCAUCAUCAAUCCUCAGAAGGAAAUUUGAGAAGCAAGAUAGGGAAGCCAGCAAUGUUGGAAGAUUGGAUUACCACUAUUACCCCUUUAGCAGAUGGAGAAUCAUCAUAUAAAGUAUCAUUUCAAUGGGAUGAAGAAGAUGGUCAUAUGGAAGUUCCAGGGGCAUUCCUUAUCCAAAAUCAUCAUCACAGUGAGUUUUACCUCAAGACUCUUACACUUGAAGAUGUUCCUGGCCAUGGACAAGUUCAUUUUGUGUGUAAUUCAUGGGUUUAUCCAGCAAAACACUACAAAAAGGACCGCGUUUUCUUUACUAAUAAGGCAUACCUUCCAAGUGAGACACCUGAAUUUCUACAUUCGUAUAGGCAGGACGAGAUGGAAAUAUUGCGGGGAGAUGGGACAGGGAUGCUUCAAGAAUGGGACAGGGUCUAUGAUUAUGCUUUCUACAAUGAUUUGGGAGAUCCUGAUAAGGAUUUGGACGAUGCCCGCCCAAUUCUUGGAGGGUCUUCAGAGUACCCAUAUCCUCGUAGGGGUAGAACAGGCAGACCGCCUACCAAAUCAGAUCCUAAAACGGAAAGCAGGCUUCCACUGAUCAUGAGCUUAAACAUAUAUGUUCCAAGAGAUGAGCGGUUUGGGCAUUUGAAAUUGUCUGAUUUUCUAGCUUAUGGUCUAAAAUCUAUUGUUCAGUUUCUUGUACCCGAGUUUCAAGCUCUAAGUGAUAGCACCCAUGAUGAAUUCGAUUCAUUUGAAGAUAUUAUGAAGCUUUAUGAAGGAGGAUUUAAGCUUCCUGGAGGUCCAUUGUUUGAUCGCAUUCGUGAAAAAGUUCCACUUGAAAUACUGAAAACUCUUCUUGAAACAGAUAGCUCUGGAGUUACAAAAUUCCCCAAACCACAAAUCAUUAAAGAGGACAAGUCUGCUUGGAGGACAGAUGAAGAAUUUGCAAGAGAAAUGCUGGCAGGCGUCAACCCUGUUAAAAUCCGUCUUCUAAAAGAGUUUCCUCCCACAAGCAAGUUGGACGUCAAUGUCUAUGGAAACCAAAAUAGUUCGAUACAAGCACACCAUGUUGAGAAAAACCUACAUGGUUUAAAAGUCAACGAGGUAUUAAAAGCGAAUAAGUUGUUCAUACUUGAUCAUCAUGACUCAUUGAUGCCAUACUUGAGGAGAAUAAACGCAAGUACAAACAAGAUAUACGCCUCACGAACUUUGCUAAUCCUACAAAAUGAUGGAACCCUAAAACCAUUAGCAAUUGAGUUAAGCUUGCCACAUCCUGAAGACGAUAAGCUUGGUGCGAUUAGCAAUGUGUACACCCCAGCUGAAAAUGGAGUAGAAGGUUCGAUCUGGCAGUUAGCAAAAGCGUAUGUUGCUGUGAAUGAUUCUGGGAUUCAUCAACUCAUUAGUCACUGGUUGAGUACGCACGCGGUCGUUGAGCCAUUUGUGAUUGCUGCAAAUAGGCAACUAAGUGUACUCCACCCUGUCUAUAAGCUUCUGUAUCCACAUUUCCGUGAUACAAUGAAUAUCAAUGCUUUCGCAAGGCAGAUCCUGAUCAACGGUGGAGGAAUCCUUGAGAAAACUGUAUUUCCAGGAAGAUAUUCAAUGGAAUUGUCUUCGGUAUUGUAUAAGGAUUGGGUUUUCCCUGAACAAGCGCUUCCAAUGGAUCUUGUCAAGAGGGGAAUGGCGGUUGAGGACUCAAAUUCUCCUCAUGGGCUUCGCCUUCUAAUUGAGGAUUACCCAUAUGCAGUGGACGGUCUUGAAAUCUGGUCUGCGAUCAAAUCGUGGGUAGAAGAUUACUGCAAGUUCUACUACAAGAACGACGACAUAGUUCAAAACGACACCGAACUUCAAGCGUGGUGGAAAGAACUACGAGAAGAGGGACAUGGGGACAAGAAAGACGAGCCAUGGUGGCCCAAAAUGGAUUCGUGUCAAAAUCUAAUAGACAUUUGCUCGACAUUCAUAUGGGUUGCUUCCGCUCUUCAUGCAGCUGUCAACUAUGGGCAAUACCCUUAUGCCGGGUACCUUCCAAACCGUCCAACUCUGAGUCGUAGGUUUAUGCCCGAACCAAAUACUCCAGAGUAUGAUGAACUUAAAAAGGAUCCAGACAGUGUAUUUUUGAAAACGAUUACUCCCCAACUACAAACACUUCUUGGAGUUGCAUUGAUAGAGCUAUUGUCAAGGCAUUCAUCGGAUGAGAUUUACCUUGGACAAAGAGAGUGUCCCGAGUGGACAUUGGAUGCAGAACCUUUAAACGCGUUCAAGAAAUUUGGGGAGAAGCUGAAAGGGAUCGAAGAAAGAAUUGUAGCUAUGAACAACGACGAAAAGCUAACAAACAGGGUUGGACCAGCAAAUGUACCAUACACACUACUCUAUCCGACUAGCGAAAAAGGACUUACUGGGAAAGGAAUUCCUAACAGUACUGCUAUGUGAUAAAUAAAAGAAAGAAAUCCACCAUUGCAACGCCGAAACAUGACUGCACAAAACACAUUUACCAUUUAUUAUUUCGAUAUGAUCAACAACAUCAGCUGAUGGUUGUAAAUAGUUGGGAAUAUAUGUAUACAUCGAUAAGAAAAUAUCUACGUUUGUAAUAUCACAGUUCGUUCUUUUA